GUCUAUGCAGGCUGGUAUUUGGGGUUAUAAAACGGUUAAUGUCUGUAUUUCUACUCCCUAUAGUACUAUAGGUCACAAGGUUGCAAUAGCGCCCUCCUUGGAGUAUGAUGUAGUACUGGGGACGGAUUUUCAAUUUUGUCAGCAAUUAUGGGAAGACUGUCGGGUAACUAGAGCAGGAACACCUGAUAGGCCCACAACACCUGACUUGCAUCACACACUAGUGGAGAGUUACUCAGCAGAGGCUGAGGACGGGGAGUGUCAGCAGUCACUAGAUGUAGGUCAGAUAGGGGUCUGCCAGACUGCUGGGGGAGCUGAAGACCAGACCGUGAGUCAAGUCCAAGAGGAUCCAGUGACUCAAGUGACAAGUGCGCCUCUGACUGAAACAGAAUCUUCAGUGAAACCAGAAACGGAUCAGGUACAGGAACAUGGGUUCCAUCCGCCAUCUGAAGAUGAGCCCAAGGUGGGGCUAGAGUUGCGCGGUCAUCUGGAAGAGGUGACUGGAAAAGAAGCUACAGAGAUGUCUGUGGAUAAUGCAGAAGUACUGAAGAGAGUACAUGUGGAGCUGGGUGCUGCGCUUACUGUCACAGACAGAGUCCUGAGUGAAGGCGAUGUGAUGUCUGGACCAGAGAUGGAUCGUGACCAGGAAGGUCGAACCACUGGACCAGAUGUUGUUGCAGACCCAGGAGCCCUAGACCUUUCUGCUGGGCAGCAGAGAGACAGUGUUGAAGUGAAAGAGAAGUCUGCCAGUGAGCAGAGAGACAGUCCAGAGAGACUGUCCAGGAACUACCCUGAAGCCCAAGUGGCCAAGACCCUUGAAAAGGGGGAGACUACUCCUAAAGGUGGAGAAGAGUCUGAACGAGUUGGCUUGAAGGAAGAGACAGGCCAAGCACAGGUGACUGUCAGAGGACAAGAGAAUGUCACAAGGUCCAGCAGCGAGAGUAAGGAGACCGCUGAAAGUAAGAGAUCUCGGAAAAAACGCGCUGGUCUUGGUAAAAAAAGGGAGCAGAUCCAGAACCUUGAAGAAACCUUACAGAUGGUUUCUGCUAAAUUGUCUCAAAAGGAAGAAGUAGUUCAUCACCUGACAGACGAGAAAGAAAAAACGCUUGCAGACUUGAAUAAAGAGCAGGAAGCGACGCUUCAGCUGCAGAAAGAUAUGGAGCUUCACAAAAGUGAGUGUGCGGCUCUGCAGGAGGAACUGUCCCGCUCCCAGGGUCUUAUGACCAGCAAGGAGAGAGAAUUGGAGAUUCUGGCCAAGCAGAUCUCAUUCAAGGAUGAAGAAGUAAAUGUCCUGUGUGGGGCAUAUCUGGCUCUACAAAGUGAUCACAAGGCUAGGUUGGUAGCCAUGGAAGAGCUGGAGAAGGAGAAAGUGGUAAUGGCUCAUAAGGUGCAGAGCCUGGAGGCGCAGAACGAAACGCAUAUUAAGUCUCGCGCAGCUGCCUUGGAUUCACUGGGUACUCAGCUCUCUGAACAAGAGGCUCAGCUAAAAGUCUAUGAGCAGAAAGUGUCCAAGAUGGCGCAACUGAAUAAAGAUAAUGAGCAGAUGAGAGAACAACUGCUGUCCCUGGAGGAUACGGGCAAAAACUUGACAGAAUUGCUGGAAAGUGAGAAGAAGAACUCUGCUAAGCUCAAGAGUGAGCAGCAGAAAUAUUUAAAGCUGGAAGGGGACAUGAAGGUCCUAAAAGAAAGCCGUGACCAAGUUAUAGCAGAACUGGCUAACGAGAGGUUAAAAGUGUCUCAGAUGGAAACUGAGGCCACAGCCGUCCGUGUAAAAGAAGAAAAACUGCUUGUGGGGCAAAAGCUACUGGAGACAGGGAUGCUUUCUCUAAAAAAGGCGGAGUCUGAACAAUGGACGCAAGAAACAGUAGAGUCUGAAGACCAUGAGAAGAAGCCAUAUGAAAGGUCCUCUGAAGCUGAGACUGAGGUGAAACCAUAUGGGAAGUCCUCUGAAGCUGCAGAGAUAUUGACAUUGCAUGGUGAAAAUUCUGAGGCAGAGAAGUUCUCUGAGGUAAAAGUUAAACCAGAGAUAACUGCAGAAGCUGCAAGUAAAGUCAGUGACACAUCUGAAGGUGCAGGUGAAAAACUGGCUAAAGGAACCAAGAGUUCUCAGCCUAAAAAUGAGCCUGUGAAAGUCGGUGUCCCUAAAGAAAGGGCUAAUAAGAAAGCAGAGUCCUUAAAAAGAAGUCACUGUGAUAGAAGACUGGGUCGUGGUGGAAACCCUGAGAGGCACUGGAUUAGAAAACACUGGAAGAAAGUCCGCAGAAGUAGAAUUUGGAGAAGAGUCCGUCUCAAGGAGAAGAUGGACAGGUGCAUUAAAGGGAAGCCUCCUGAAAUUGUGGAGGAUGACUUAGAAGACCUGCAAAUGGGUGAUACAGGCUCGGUUGGCCACCAGCAAAGUUCGUGCAAUGGUCAUACCAGUGACAGAAGAAGACAAUGGCCUAGAGCAUCUGCCUUGUCCGCACCUAGUGUCCAGAGCACUGCACAGACCAAGAUGAAGAACCUGGUGUUGGAAAGGUGUGACAUGAAUGGAGCUUUUUACAAGGAAUUUGUCAAAGGUGACCAAAAGUCUUGUGCUCGGUGGCUGAUGAAAGUGCGAAUGAAAGAAGGGUGCACCAUUGAAGUGAUGCAGAUAAAAUCUACUGAUGAAGGAAGCCAAGUGCCUCAAAAUCUGUUGGACGUAGUUGUUCAAGGAAAAGGAAAGGCAGUUGGACUCUGCCUUUUGAAUACAAGUGCUCCUUCCCGGUGGUCUGAGCAGAGGGGGGGGAUAUGUGGCAGUGUGGCAAGGAAAGGGUGUAUUUCCCUUGCUAUCUCUGCAGAAUGCUCCACCUGUGGCCUGAUUAAUGAGGUAUCAGGAAGGGAAAGUGUGUGUUUAAAAGGAAAAGAAACAGAAUAGUUGGGGCUCUUCCUGGGUAACAGCACAUCGCUGUAGGGGGAGACACACGGACCCUGUUGAGGAAACACACAGCGAACUGUGAGCGGUCCAAGAAGUGAAGACGUGGUGUGAACUGUGAGUAACAGGUUGCAGGGGCACAUGUUUUAUGCUGGCUGAGGGUAGCUCACCAGAUAGUAGUCAGGGCAUGCUGGUCUGUGUAGUCAGUGACCAGACGGUCUAGGACUUUGGUUUGUUCCUGCAUUAUGUUUUGCUUUACCUGCAACCUGUCUAAAUAAAGCUGGCAAGGUGCCAGGCGUGCAUGAAUAACCUUUGUCUGCGGGUUUAUUGAGUGGAAACGUGUCCCGUGGCCGUAUCCAGGACGAUCCCGGAGCUAAUCCCCAAGGAGGAAUCCUUACAGUAUCUACCUGGAUAAAAAAGCCUUUAGACAGAGCUGCCAGGAAUAAACUUAAGGCAGAAUGUCCCAGACCCUCUCUACCUGGUAAAGCUGCAAUCACACCAGACGUUGAUCCUGUAUUAGUCAAAUACAUGUUGAAAACGGGUAAACACCCUAAGAAAGAUCUUGAUAGAUCUCUCCGCAUCUGUCAGGAUAAACUAUUGGAUGCAAUUGGUCCUUUGACACAAAUGAUGGAUAUUGUUGAGCACGCCUCAGCCUCAGGCACUACCUUAGAUACAGAGGUUAUGAGAGGCAGGAUCCAAAGAUCCAUCUGUCUUUUUGGUAAUGCCAAUUCGGCUUUAUGUUCUGAAAGAAAGAAAACUAUAUUAAUGAGAUUGGAUCCUCAACUGGCAUAUCUAGCUAAUUCUGAGACCGAACCCUCUAAUGAGGGACUUCUUUUUGGAGACAAUGCCAUCAAAGAGAUAGGCAAAUAUGUUGGCAUUUUCACAUCUCUGGACAAGGCCCAGAAUUCUUUGAAGAAAGUGUUCUCUCAAAGAGUUUUUGGCAAGGAAAAAUAGGGGCCGUUUUCCCGGCCGCCCCUUCGCCAAUAGACAGUCCAACAGAGGCUCCUAUCAACCUCAACCCCAACAAUAUACUUACCCCAAUACCUCCUUCCAACCAAAUCCGAUCUCUUUCUUCCCUUCAAGAGGACAUGCCCGAGGACAACGUGGAUUCCCCAGAUCCAGGCCGACAUCAGGUAAGUCUCCCUCCAGAAAUUUCUUCCCUUCCUCCUCUGGGAGGUCGACUCCAACAUUUUUUCCCCACUUGGGCUUCCAUCACGUCAGAUGCUUGGGUUCUGCAGACAGUUUCGGGAUAUCUGAUAGAUUUCCUAUCUCCCCCAAUUCAACUUUCCUUUUCUCAUCAAAUUAAUUUCCCUGCCCAAGAUUAUCAGCUCAUUUCAAAAGAGAUCAAAGAUUUGCUUCAAAAAAGAGCCAUCAAAAAAUCCAGUCCAUACUCCUUAGGCUUCAUAAGCAACAUCUUCCUAGUGAAGAAAAAAGAUAGAGGUCAUCGUCCUGUCAUCAACCUUCGUCAUUUGAACGAAUUUGUCUCUUAUCAACACUUCAAGAUGGAAGGUAUCCAUCUUCUAAGAGACGUUCUUUUAGCUCAAGAUUAUUUAGUGAAAGUAGACCUAAAGGACGCUUAUUUGACCGUCCCUAUCCACCCUUCUCAUCAAAUUUUCCUCCAAUUCUUUUGGGAGGAGAUCAAAUGGCAAUUCACUUGCCUUCCAUUCGGCCUAUCAUCAGCUCCUUGGUGCUUCACCAAGCUGAUGAAACCGGUGGUUGCCUUAUUAAGAAGUCGUGGGGUGCGUCUUACAAUAUAUCUAGAUGACGUUCUCAUCAUGGCUCAAUCCCCCACUAUUCUUACCCGCCACCUAAAUUGGACAAUUUCUCUCCUUUCCAACCUGGGCUUCUCUAUCAAUAUGAAGAAAUCCAUUCUUCUAACUUCCAGGAAGAUAGAAUUCCUUGGCUUUAUGAUAGAUGCCGUUUCAUCUACACUCAGCCUUCCCCCCCAAGAAACUAUUUACCAUCAAGAAAGAGAUCCUUUCCGUUCUUCGCAGACGAUUUGUCUCGCUCAGAACAAUUGCGAGGAUAGUCGGACUUUUGUCAGCUUCCAUUCAAGCAAUUUUUCCUGCACCUCUGCAUUACAGAGCUCUACAGAGGUUGAAAAAACAUUAUCUUCAGAAAGGCCUCUCUUACUCAGACGAGGUCACUCUAUCAUUAGAAGCAGAAGAAGAGUUACAAUGGUGGUUCAAGCACAUCCAACUCUGGAACAGGAAAGCAAUAUUCAAUUGCAGACCGGAUUUGUUUACAGUCCGACGCCAGUCUUCAAGGCUGGGGAGCUCGAUGCGGAUCGGUCUCAACAGGAGGCAAUUGGUCCGAGUCGGAAUCCAAUCUGCAUAUCAAUUGCCUAGAACUAUUGGCAGGUUUUUUCGCCCUAAAGAGCUUUGCGAAAUUCAGGUCGCAUUGUUGCAUAUUGAUCCGCAUGGACAACAUACCAGCGGUUCAAUAUAUCAAUCGCUUAGGUGGCACAGGUUCCAGAAUCCUUUCAGAUAUAGCCACUCAGUUAUGGAAUUUCUGCUUAGCCAGGAACAUAAUUUUAAAGUCAGAAUAUCUUCCAGGUCUCGACAAUUCUAUAGAAGAUUGGAACUCCCGAUAUCUCACGGAUUCCAGCGACUGGAUGCUAGACCGUUCAAUUUUCCAGUCUAUCAACAAUCUUUGGGGUCCGAUAUCUUUGGACCGAUGUUUUACAGCUGGCGUCCAGAUCUGGAAGCCAUAGCUCAAGAUGCGUUCCUUCAAACCUGGCCUCCUGGCACUCUCUACGCUUUUCCUCCUUUCGCAAUGAUCCCCAGAGUUCUCCUUCAAACGAUGUCUCUCCAAGCUACUCUAGUCCUGAUCACUCCUUGAUGGCCAGCUCAGCCCUGGUUCCCUCAACUCUUGAGCCUGACCAUAGAUUUUCCCAGACUACUCCCUUCUUUUCCUCACAUUCUUCUAGACCCCAAUUCCAAUCCUCAUCCUCUGAUCCUAUCGAACUCCAUGUCCCUCGUGGCUUGGUUCAUUUCGGGCAAUCCUCAAAUGACAUUGGACUUUCACAAUCAUCUAAGGACAUUCUGGCUGAAGCCUGGGCUCCAGGUACCAGAAAAUCUUACAGAUGAGCUUGGAAAGUUUGGGAUAAUUGGUGCUUUAGAAGACACCUGGAUCCCGUUCAAGCACCUAUUACCCACGUUGUAAAUUUCCUUUCGGAACUUUUCGACUCAGGCAAGGCCUAUCGCACGAUCAAUCUAUAUCGCUCAGCCAUUUCUGCACAUCGUUCUUUAUUCCUGGACAUUCCCAUCGGUAAACAUCCACUCAUCUGUAAAUUGCUUAAAGGCAUUCGUUUUAAGAGACCUCCUCGUCCCAAAUAUCAAUCUACAUGGGACGUAUCUCUCGUUAUUUCCCUACUCUCAUCCUGGCCGGAUAACGACUCUAUCUCUUUAAAAUUUCUCUCAUCUAAACUAACUAUGCUUUUAUGUCUAAUAUCUAUCAAACGCAUCUCUGAUGUUCACGCUCUCGACAUUUCCAGAAGAUCUUUUUCUCCUCAUGGAGUUCACUUUGAAAUAUGUAGACGAACAAAAACCUCUCUUCAAUCUGUUUUUUAUCCUUAUUUUCCUAAUCGGCCUGAUUUAUGUGUAGUUUCUUUCCUUCAAUCCUACGAACGCAGAACUUCUACUCUUCGAUCUUCUUUUCCUCAACUUCUCAUCUCAUACUGCAAACCCCACCUUCCUGUUUCCUCUUCCACCCUGGCAAGAUGGGUUAGAACCAUGAUGGCACUUGCAGGUAUCGAUACGUCCCUUUUUGGUGCCCAUUCAGUUCGAAGUGCUAUAUCUACUAAAACUGCUAUAUCAGGUGGUUCUCUAUCAGAUAUCUUGAAAAAUGCAGAUUGGUCCUCUGAGACUACCUUUUAGAACUUUUUAUUUCCGCCCUGAACCUCAUGUUUCCAGGUCUGUCUUUUAAUAUCAAAUGUAUUUUAUUAUAUAUUUUAUUUGUUUUUCUUUAUAAUAGACACAUGAAAUAGCUUUAAACUAGCAUAUUAUGAGCCUCCUAGUCUGCAACAAAAUUCAAGAUUUUCCUAGCUAUAGUGAUGGAAAAUAUGGAUUUUAUAACGACAGGAGCCGAAUAAUAUCCCCCCAUAACCCAACCCUAAUGUUAUCUUGUUUUUCAUCAUAGCUUACUAAAACUGACAAGAAGAAUCUCCAAGCCUCCCGUUUUCCUUAUGAGAAGAUACUUCUACACGUCUUCGUUGUCUUCUAGGAACACCCUUCUUCUGGAAAUGGAAUUUGCUACCUUCUACACAGGAAAAGGCUGAAUAUUCAUUGUUUUUCUUUUGAUUAUUUCUCGUUUUAUUGACUUAUUACUUACUCUCAUCAAAGAAAGGAGAAGAUACUAGGACUCACGGACUUAUAUCACCUGUCACGUCACCUGAUUGGUCAUCCGGGACAUACACCUGUACAGCAUGUUUGGUUGUAUUCUCAAAAGUUUUUUCUCUGUACCUGUUUACUGUUAUUUCAGCUGCUAUUUGGGUAGUAAAGAAUUUGGAACAGCAUAUUAUUCGCCUCCUGUCGUUAUAAAAUCCAUAUUUUCCGUCACUAUAGCUAAGAAAAUCUUGAAUUUUACUACAGGACCAUAGACUGAAGAUAAGACUUAGACAGGGGAGGGGGAGCAGUGGUGUAAUGGUGUUAGAGCAGGGAGAGGGAAGACAGGUUAGCAAAGGUUAUAGGAAAUUUUGAUAAUGGGAUAAGAAGCUUAAAUCCACAUUAAGUCCUCUGUUCUCUGAUUCAUAAAGAACUAUCAUUUUGGCUUCAAAUGUCUUUCUUUCCUGGGUGUUCUUGAAGUUUCCUUUCAUGAUCUUGAUUUUGAGGUCCUGUAGGGAGUGACCUGUUUGGGUGAAAUGGUGUCCAACUGGGGUGCAAUAGUCCUUUUCUCUAUGGUUGCUGAUGGACGAUCUGUAAGUCUUAUGUUCAGUCUAUGGGUCUGCAGUAAAAUUGUCCUUUCUCCUCUGUCCAGCGUAAUCACCAUUCUCACCUCUCCCCCCCCCCCCCCACUCAUCCUUAUCUGUAUCUAUUGUCACCAUUCUCACCUCUGCUCCCCCCCUCCUCAUCCUUAUCUGUUUCUAUCCUCCUAUAGCUAUACAAUUUAUGGCUCACCUUAGUGUCCAUUCUCCACAUAUGUUGUUUUAACCCCUGCAUAUUUUGUGAGAUAGAACGUGUGUUUUCUCCUUGUGAGCUAAGAAAUGCUUAUGACUUGAUAAAGGGAGGUAUCCCGAAAGCUUCUCUAUAUAAUCUUGUUAGUCCAAUAAAAAAGGUUACACCAUAAAUGUCUGCUAGGUGCAGGUUCUACCUCUGGGAUCCGUGGGAGCGAGGGCCCCUCCUGCCUGGUUACAGCCAUUGGGCGUGGUCAGGAUGCUGGACACCUAAGGGAUUAGAUGGAUAAAUGUCCAGACGGGAAUAACUCUUCAAACACUGGACGGUUACAUUAUUUCGGGCUCGUGCGCUCCUGUCCUGAUAAAAUAUGAACCUUUUGCCCACAGACUGAUAAAUGACCCAGAAAAGAAGCCUCAGACGCCAUAUGGAGCCCAUGGAUCCUCCCACAUAAAGAACCGCAGGAAGGGAUGGCGGAGCGUGCGGGUUGUGUGCGGAGGUUGUGGGAUCACAUUUCUGGGGCUUUGUUACAUUUACAUGGGGUUCAGGAUGUUGUACAACGUGAAUCUAUAUUCUGUUUACUCUCUGUGGCACAAUUGUUUAGCACGUAAGGUUGGUGGUUCAAGUCCACCCAGGGAUGUGUCUGCACUCUUCCCCACCCCCUCAGCCCAACCCUAUAUAAGUAGUAGUUAGCUACACAUGGGCCAUUUCUUUCCUUGCAGCCUCCCAGUCUGACUGGGAGACCAUGGUAAGUGGCUAUUACACCUUGUUCACACUGGUGCGGUGCUGUGCGGUGUCCGUUGCUGCCGUGGCGCCGUGUCUGCGGGGGGGGGGGGGGGGGGGGGUGCGACCCAUAGACUGGUUUGAGUGGCAUUUGGGCCGCUCUGCCAGUGGGUCGUUUCCCCCCUGUGGGCACUGGUGUCGCGGCGGUGGUGGUCGACGCCCGGUGCUGCGCCAUUUUAUGCUAGGGACGUUAUGGACCCACUCUAAAUAGUUGGCCUUGACGUGGCGAGUGGGCUUGUACUUUUUGAUCAAAAAUGUAUAAUAACAACCUGUUAGUUUUUGAUAUUAUGCUGAGAAGCAAUCAGAUCAUUAUACAAGAUUGUAGAUGUGCGGCCAUGUCUGUUUUCUACCUAAAUCCACCAAGGGAUGUGUUUAUGUUUUUAUUGGUACAUUCUCUGACCUUAAAGGGGUACUCCGUGGAAAACUUUUAUUUUUAAAUAAACUGGUGCCAGAAAAUUAAACAGAUUUUUAAAUUACUUCUA